AUGCAAGGGUUUGGGUUCGAAUUACUGGCCUGUGAGGACAAAUGGGAUUUCUGCACCAGAUCUACGGUGUGUGGCACGGCUCUUGGACUAGGGAGCACCCCUGAGUUCGUUUGGCAGGCACCGUGGCAGGACACCCACACCCAACAUUUGAGCCGUCUUGAUGAAGGUGAUCGCGAAAUGUCCUUGAUACUCUCUGGGCGGCUACUCAAAAUUAGAAGUGCCGCUGCUAGCGAUGAAACUUGGAAGGUAGCGACCGUUGGAGGGUACUUCAACUUCGGCAAGGAGCGUUCUGCUCUCACUGCAGCUCACGCUUUCAUGAGAGAUUUGAAUGGUCAGCCCAAUGAUUACAGUUUGGACGAUUCCGAAGAUGGGUCUGAACCGGAGAGCGACAGCGAAAGUGACGACGACAAUGACAGCCAAAGUGACAGCGACAUUGACCGCAACAACGGAAACGGUAAUGGUGGUGGAAGCAACGACCCAACACGCAGCUCCAACGCUGGUCGAUCCGACGGUCACUUGGUUCAAUUUGACAUUUGA